AAACCUGUGCACAUCUAACUCAUAGAUUUAAUUUUACAGAGGUAGGGGUGACGGCACUUUAACUUUUGUUGUUAUUUAUUGUGGCCAGUCCUUCCAGAGGAAUAUUUGGGUCACUGAAGUGUGUGUGUGUGUGUUGAGGGGCGCAGCUGGUGUAGGAGGGGGCGGAGAGAGAAUGGGAAGUGACGGACUUUGAUUCUCUUUGGACAGGUGGCCAUGGCCUCAUUGCCGACUCAGGGUCCCGGGGCCCCCGACUUCUUUUCUGGGCUGCUUCCGGCGGCUUCAGCCCCGGCCAACCAGAGCUCAGAAGCCUUGGUGGGCAAUGGGUCGGCGGCUGGUCCGGGCGCGCAGGCCAUCACGCCAUUCCAGAGCCUGCAGCUGGUGCAUCAGCUGAAGGGGCUGCUCGUGCUGCUCUACAGCAUCGUGGUGGUCGUGGGGCUGGUGGGCAACUGCCUCCUGGUGCUGGUGAUCGCACGCGUGCGUCGGCUGCACAACGUGACCAACUUCCUCAUCGGCAACCUGGCUUUGUCGGACGUGCUCAUGUGCACCGCCUGCGUGCCGCUCACGCUGGCCUACGCCUUCGAGCCACGCGGCUGGGUGUUCGGCGGCGGCCUGUGCCACCUGGUCUUCUUCCUGCAGCCCGUCACCGUCUAUGUGUCUGUGUUCACGCUCGCCACCAUCGCGCUGGACCGCUACGUCGCGCUGGUGCACCCUCUGCGCCGGCGCAUCUCGCUGCGCCUCAGCGCCUACGCGGUGCUGGCCAUCUGGGCGCUGUCCGCGGUGCUGGCGCUGCCGGCCGCCGUGCACACCUACCACGUCGAGCUCAAGCCGCAUCGCGUGCGCCUGUGCGAGGAGUUCUGGGGGUCCCAGGAGCGCCAACGCCAGCUCUACGCGUGGGGGCUGCUGCUCGUCACCUACCUGCUCCCCCUGCUGGCCAUCCUCUUGUCUUACGUCCGGGUGUCGGUGAAGCUCCGCAACCGCGUGGUGCCGGGCUGCGUGACCCCGAGCCAAGCCGACUGGGAUCGCGCGCGACGCCGCCGCACCUUCUGCCUGCUGGUGGUGGUGGUGGUGGUGUUCGCCGUCUGCUGGCUGCCCCUGCACGUCUUCAACCUGCUGCGCGAUCUCGACCCGCGCGCCAUAGACCCCUAUGCCUUCGGGUUAGUGCAGCUGCUCUGCCACUGGCUCGCCAUGAGCUCGGCCUGCUACAACCCCUUCAUCUACGCCUGGCUGCACGACAGCUUCCGUGAGGAGCUACGCAAGCUGUUGCUCACCUGGCCCCGAAAGAUCGCGCCGCACGGCCACAGCAUGACAGUCAGCGUGGUCAUCUGAUGCCGCUGCGCCAGGCCUUGGGGAGCUCCAUGUCCACUUGUCUCCGAGGAUGCCCACCCGAGGCCGGACUGGAGAGCUUUUUCCAGAGCUGAGCUAAUACUAAGCCAAUAAGGGGCAAAGCUUCCAGCCCAGCCUUCUUGUCCAGCUGUCUUUCCUUGUCCUGUGUCUUUGUAAAAUGCUAAGUGGGCUUUGUUGAGAGUCUUGUGCUUUGCUUGGAGGAGGCCGGGGAGAGGAAAAGAGGAUUUAUUAUUUCCUCCGUUUGCCCUUGAAGGCCAAACAAAGCUCUUUCUCCGGGUUCAGAACAGUAUUUCAGAACCGUAGCUGUCUUCCCUGCUUUCUCUUCUGCUUGCUCAAUGGGGAGAUGAAGGAACAACGGGCAGGGGGUUUAAAUGGCUUUUUUGGGCUUGGUAAACCUUUUCAGGUUGCCUUUUAAAAGGGGCUCCGCCGAGAUACAAUUGCUUAGUCAAUUUGAACCCAUUAAUUUCUGGGAUUCCAGGGAAAUAUGUACUACAAAUCUACAUCUAGGAUUUCAGCAUUUCCCCAAUAAGACCUUUAUAUGCCAAAGGGGUUUUAAUUUUAAAUCCACUUGAAAUUAUAGUACAAAAACACU